GGCCGCUACGCUGGUGCUGCUUACAAGGUUCUGGAUACGUCAUGGACCUGCAUGAUCAACUGCUGGUCGCCUGAUACUUGGGGAACUGUAGUCGACUACCGCUGGAACACGAAUGGUAACGGCGCACCGAGCUACGGCUUUGUUGCGCACAAGUCUGAUACCAAGGAAAUCAUUGUCAGCUGGCGCGGAAGCACGAUUCUGAUGGACUGGAUUGAGAACAUGGUGUUCCUGCCCACUCCCUGACCGCUGAGCAUUAUUGGAUCUGGUGUUCAUAUCGGAUUCCUUGCUGGGUACAAGUCUACUGCCGAUGGUAUCAAAAAGAACAUCGCCGACCUGGCUGCAAAGUACCCCGAUUACAAAAUCGUGCUUACUGGCCAUUCGCUUGGUGGUGCUGAGGCUACUAUUGCAGCUGCAGACAUUGUUCUUACCCGUCAGGAAUGGGUGAGCAAGCUCCAGCUGUGGACCUAUGGAGAGCCACGUGUUGGUACCCCUGCGUUCGUGAACUGGCUCUCACAGCAGCCAUUCCCCAUCUACCGUGUGGUCAACAAGGGCGACCUUGUGCCUCAAAUUCCUACCCGGAGCCUCGGAUUUCAGCAUCACUCGCAGGAAGUCUGGUAUAGCCCCAAUGAUGGCACCAAAUUCUGUGGUAGUAACGGUGAG